CUCAGGAGCUCACUGGAGUGAAGGGCAGAAGGGAAAGGUUACAUCAAUAUAAUACCGCCCCUGCAAGUCAGCUCCCUUCGACAAAGUCCGCAGUCAGAGCGUCGCGUGUGUCGCCUUCAUGGUAUAUCUCGUCUCGACAGCGUGCAAUGUUGAGUGAUUUCCUGUGAUGCCACAACUGUGCGUUGCUCACACUCCCGCCUUCCCGUCCCACGACUUGUCUGCCAUUUUGCAGCACCCGCCAAGUGUAACGAGGAGAUGAUAAAGUACUGCGCUAGCCAAAACCAGGUGUGCGUGAUGAGAGGGAAACUGCCGGGUUGCGUAGACCAGGAGCCUCAAAAAUGCAAUGACGAGAUGAAAAAGGUGUGCGCUAACGCAGGCAUGGAAUGCGAGGUUAUCAACGGUAUCUCUGUCUGUACAGAUCGAAACGCUACAAUAUGUGACGAGGUGCUAAGGAAGAAAUGUAAGAAAUUGGGGAAAGAGUGCGACGAUGGAGACAACUUCGUCAUCUGCAAAGACCCGCGGCCCCGAGUUUGUCCGGACGAAAAGAAGAAAAAGUGCGCCAAGGUCCAUCUCAACUGCAUAGAGAUCAAAGGAGCCCCAUCAUGCACAGCGCUGCGCUCCAGCUCAGAGCACUCGGAGGCGGCCUCAUCUUCGAACAGGUGCAGCCUGACCGAGAUUCACCAGAAUUCCGUUCACGUGGCUCCUCCGAUUGCACUGGGAGCAGUUGAACCUUCGGCUAGCUCAGGGUUUCCGGACACAAACGUAUAG